AUGAACGUUCUUUCAAUAGAUCUCAUCAGAGACCCAUUCACUAGUGCACUUUUCGCUUUUCUCAAUCAUUUUAUUUUAACUUACUUAUCUGACUACUAUGGUAUAUGCAUCAUUAGAACGGAAAUAGAUAACGUUUACAUAAACGUUUCAAUUCCAACGACGGUGAUUGUAGUGGACGAAAACUUUAAAGAUACUAUGUUCCUAGCGGUCGAAAACGGUUGCCAGUCGUUUGUAGUGUUCGAAAGUGCCCUAAUUUCGUUCCUAGACGUGUUUGUGGAAGUCCAUGAUCUGGCCGACCAGAGAUCGGCCAGCAAAAAACUAAUCGCUGUGAUGGAUUCAUUUAACAUAUCAACGAUGGAAGAAAUGAAAGACCAUCCCAAUAUUAAGGAAAUACCGGAUACGACUUUUGUUUCCUUGCGCGAAAUGGAUUCCUCUAUUCAGCUCUACACAAUAGGACUUUCGAAUAAUGGAACACGUGGUACGGUUGAUGUAACGAUUCGACCAUUUACAGUUAUUAGUCAACUUCCGGAUCCUAUUAAUAAUAUGGGAGGAAUGCCAAUUCGCUUAUGUAUGCUGAUGUAUCCACCAUUUAUAUAUUACAAAGAAGACGAUCCAAAAGAAGCAAACGCCCGGUAUAACCCGAAGUAUAAACAGGAGGACACGCCAUUAUUUUUGGAUGGAACUGAAGUAACGUUACUGUUUGAAUUUUGUAGCAGACAUAAUUGCACCAUUGAAGCUACGAUUGAUGAAGUUAGCUUCUGGGGUGAAGUCUUCGAUAAUCACACGGGAACUGGAUUACUGGGAGCCGUUGUCGAGCGUCGUGCGGAUAUUUCCAUGGCUGCCGUCUACUAUUGGAGACAACCGUAUAAAUACGCGACUUACACCCUGCCGAUUAGUCGUUCUGGAAUCACGGUACUAGUCCCGAAGCCCCGGGCGUUAGAACCAUGGCGAACUCCAUUUCUCUCCUUCAGUGGGUAUCUUUGGAUAGCUGUUGCCGUGGCAUUCUGUGUUGGGGCUCUGGCAGUUUGGUUGAUUGAAAAAGUGCGGUUCCAAAUACUGAGUCCCCCUGAAAUGCCCAUCACAAUUAGCGAUGCGAUGUUGACCAUGAUUGGAUUCUACAUGGAACAGAACGCUCGCAUGCGAACGGAUAUUGCAUCGUGCGUAUUUUUGUUUACGUCUCUGCUUUUUGCCGGAUUUAUGGUCGGUAAUAGCUACGGAUGUGGCCUAGCAGGUGUCAUGACCCUAGCGCAAUAUGAAAAACCUAUCGAUACCACUAGAGAUUUGGCGGCUAGUGGAAUGCUAUUUGCCGGUGGUGCUCUUUCGUGGAUUUACUCAAUGUUGAAAUCGCCUCAGCCACAUAUACAAACCUUGGUGAAAAACUUUCGUAUUAGAAAUGACGACUAUCUCAGUCAGCAUACUAAAACUCAUGACCUGGGUUUCAUAUGUGAAUAUACGGAGUUUUCUCAUUUUGUGCCAUCGUAUUUUCUCGAUAAUGAAGCUUCUACCAUGCUGCAGCUGUUAAAAGAUGAUCUCUACUGGGAAGCGGCAACGGCCUUAGUGACCAAGACAUGUCCAUUUCGUCAAGCACUAAAUGAUCUCAUAAUGCAGGUGAAGCAGUCAGGAAUUCAACACUAUUGGGAAUUGCGCACUGCAAAUCGAUAUCUUCAUACUACCGCCCAGCGUAAUAUCUGGAAUGCUCGCUCGUUUGGAUCUGGGGACGAAGUGGUCAAACUCACGAUAUCUCACUAUUUAGGUGCUUACAUGAUCCUAGGAGCAGGAUUGGGGCUCGCGACUUUGGCAUUUGCCAUAGAGCACCUCCGCACGCAAUCCGAUGUGGCCGAUUCGCCUGCAACGUACCUUAUCAGUUAUCUUGUAUUAACGUACCUGUCUGAGUAUUAUUGUAUCUGUGUUAUUAAAACAAACGAAGAUUUGAUAAAAUUUGAAGUUGAUUUCCCAUCGAUUAUAAUCAAUGCAGAUGCAAAUUUCAAUAGAAGUUUUCAGCAUGGUGUAGAUAAUGGUUGUCAGUCGUUCGUGGUGUACGAAAAUGCCUUAUGGUACUUUCUGAAUGCCUUCAUCGUAGUGCACGACGAUUCAGAUCAAAGAUCUGCUCGGAAAAAACUUAUUAUUGUAACUACUUUUCUGGAUUCUGAGACCGUUAACAAAUUAUCUGAACAUCAAGCCAUCAGAGAACUACCGGAUUUACUGCUGGUUGUUGUUAAUAAGCAUAAUCUUCAGCCUGAAGAAUUUUAUACAACGGAAAUUUUCAGUAACGGCUCUAGGGGCUCAGUCAUCGUGGAGCUGCGUCCAAUAGAUCCUCCCGAAUAUUUUCCAGAUAAAUCCUUCAAUAUGAAGGGAAUUCCGAUUCGGUUUCGCACGGUUAUGUACCCUCCAUUUUCGUACUAUGAAGAGUCGACUCCGGAAAAAUCCAAUGCACGAUAUGAUCCUCAGUUUAAUGAUACGGACGAUACUCCGUUGUUUGUUGAUGGAACGGAACCAAGGUUGCUGGUGGAGUUCUGUCGUCGACACAACUGCACAAUUGAAACCUAUUUUGACGAAGUCGAGGCUUGGGGUGAAGUCUAUGCAAAUCAUACUGGAAUUGGCAUUCUCGGAGCAGUCGCUACUCGCAAGGCCGAUUUCGCCGUCUCCGCUAUUUAUUACUGGCUCGAACCUUACCGAUUUGCGUCAUACACUGCUGCGAUCAGCCGAUCUGGAGUGACAGCACUGGUACCGAAACCGAGAACGCUCCCACCCUGGCGUACUCCAUUUCUUUCGUUUUCCAAAAAUCUCUGGAUGGCGGUCGCCAUAACGUUCAUAGUUGCAGUCUUGGCCGUUUGGUUGAUGGAUAAAGGCCGCCGUCGCACGUUCGAUAUACCCGAGCAAGAAGCAAUAACGCUAAGCGAUAGCGUAUUGACUAUGAUUGGGUUCUAUAUGGAACAGAAUGCUUACUUAAGGAACGAUGUCAUGUCCAGCGUAAUAUUGUUUACCUCACUUUUGUUCACAGGAUUCAUGAUCGGUAACCUGUACGGAGCUGGGUUGGCGGGUAUUAUGACCAUUCCUCAGUACGAACACGCGAUUGAUACAACUUUCGAUCUGGCCAGCAGCGGAAUGCUGUGGGGUGGAACCUGUCUAAAUUGGAUGUUCGCUGUCAUGAACGCUCCUGAGCCCCACGUGAAAACUUUGGUGAGCAACUACCGAGUUGUCGAUAUGGACUACCUCAUACAGCAUCGGAACACCCGUGACUUCGGCUAUGUUGGUGAACGCACCGAAUUUGGCCACUUUGCCCCGAUCGACUAUCUGGAUGCUGAGUCGUCGAAAAUGACGCGUCUCUUGAAGGACGAUUUGUUCUGGCAGAGCUGUACGGCUGCUGUGACCAAAACAAGUCCAUUCAAGCAAAGCUUUGACACUAUGCUCAUGAACAUCAGACAAUCUGGCAUCCAGCAUUUUUGGGAGAUUCAGGUGGUGAAUAACUAUUUAAACUCUACCCACGAGCAGCGCAUACUCAAUGGCAGACAGUCAGCAUCGGACAGCGAUGUGACGGUUCUUACUCCAUCACAUCUGAUGGGUGCCUUUCUCAUACUUGCCACGGGUUUAACUGGUGGUGCUCUUUUAUUUUUUGCCGAAUGUUUGUAUAUUAAAUUUAGUACACAGCAGCUGACGAAGGUUCAGUAUUUUUGA